CCCCCACCAACAAACUCUACAAUUAUUGCUACCAUAAGCAUUUUAUAUUCUAUGGGGUUCUUUCUGAUUUGAUAUCUUUGCCCGCGUCAUCACUCUCUCACAGGCCGAGAAUAUUCUAUUGGGGACUAUUUGCGGCCGAGCACAUACCGACAAGGCUGAACCUUUGGCCCCCCUGUACGCAAAACCCACACAAGAGAACAGGACGACGACCAUCGUGAGGUUCUUCUUCACAUUCACGAAUUGAACCAUAUCUACGAGUCUAUUACUUUUAUCUCACACACAGCCUCGCACGCAGCACACCGCUGUGCAUUAUUGUCGUCCGUCUCCAGAAGCGGCGGAUGUGAAGCACCACCUUCCCACCCGAUUCAUCGGAGCCCUCAACAAAUAAUCACCAGGGCCGAACACUCUCAUAAAGUCGCGAGCAGAUAGAAAUACAGUUAUCAUGUCUUACGAAUCUCCUCCCAUUGUCCGCCCGGUCCCCCGGCGUCCAUUCGACAUCAACCUCACAACCGCGACGCCGCCAUCGGAGUCCGAAGCUUCAACACCAUCGGUACGCCCGAGUUCCCCGAACCAUCUCGAUGCAAAGUCAGGCAACGGCUAUGCCAAUGGCGGCUCCGACACUCCGAGCUUACUCCCCACACGCUCGGUCCUGAAUCUGACGUCGUCGACGCUCUUUGGGAUAUACUCGCCGUCGUUCACGGAGAAGAUGGCGGACAAUGAGCUCGGCACUCCGUUUGGCACCGGCGCCAUGACACCACUGUCUCCGGCAGGCUCCAGUCUACCUUCCAGACCAAGGGCCCGUUCGCCGCAUGUGGUGCCUGUCACACCACUGCACCUCCGAAUCGUUGGCCUCACGUUGCGAUCAACCCUACUCUUUCUUCUCGGCACCGCAUACGGGUUGCUGGUUACACACCUCCACAACGAACAGCGCCUCGCGCCUUUUGGCGCCCAAGGCUUGAUACAACCAAGCUACGACAAGAAAUACCUACUAUUCUGGGGUGUGGCGGGCGUGGCGAUGGGAAGCGCGCUGCCUUGGUUCGAUGGCAUGUGGGAGGAAUACUUCGGUGAAGAAGUAACAAGCAGCGCCAUUGGCGGGAAAGUAGCGGAUGGGGCCAACGAGGAGGAAGGAGUUGCAGCACAAUGGACUCCGGUUGUUAGAAGUAUUGGGGCAUUUUUCGGCAUUGCUUUUGCUAUUCGCAAGCUUGCCUGGACAUCUACCCUGCAGGCCUCUCUUACUCUUGCUCUUGUGAAUCCAUUCCUGUGGUAUCUAUUGGAUCGUUCGAAGCCAGGCUUCGUUCUCUCCGUCACCGUCGGGCUGAUUGGCACUACUGGACUACUCAUGUUUGAUUCCAGCAUGGUUCAGAGCCCGCUUGCUGCUCAUUCGUCAUAUAACAGCACCGCGGGCUCUGCUCACGCCGGAUUCUAUGCUCAGGGUGACAACAAUGAGUUGUUCGAAAGCGCAGUUUGGGUCAUGAGUGUUCUGUUUUGCUCCGUCUUGUGCUUUGGGCACAUUGGCAGGCGGCUGGCGCUCUUGAGGCGGAAGUCCAGAGCCGCGGCUCUUCAAAACAACUGAAGUUUUCUUCAGAAUAACUAAGGUUUAGGUUGGCGAUAUACCCUGGAUGAGUUGGCAUAAGCACGGCACGGCAUAGCGUGUAAGGAUAAUACAUUGAAGUUCCCUGUAGGGGUCUACGAAUAGAGGAAAUUCUACUCCAAAAAAUACGCAGGAAGUACAAGAAGCUCUGCAAUAUGUAAUUCCAUAAUAAUUAAUUUACAUUGUUUAUAUA